AUGGACCAACAACAAGCGGCACAGGUCCUCCAGUCGCUCCAGGAACUACAGACCGAGGUCAAUCGACUAAGAGGCCGAGAAGCUGAACUGACAGCACAGGUCGCUUCUUUUGGUGCGGGUUCGGCUGCUUCAGCUGGACCUGGCAGUGCACUGGCACAGUUGGUGCAGUCACAAAAGGAGCUUGUGGACGCCCUUAGAUCGAAAGAACAAGUCCGGUUGGUCGACAACAAGGGCCUUGGCAAGCCCGACAAGUUUGAUGGGACAGCCGAAAGAUUCUUGUCAUGGAAAAUCAAGACGUCCUCCUAUCUUGCAAGUGUUCGCAAAGACCUUCGUGAGAUUCUGGUUUGGGCCGAAGAUUGCGAUCAUGCAAUCACUGCAGAUGACAUCGACAAGGCUUUUGGGAGUCAAGCAGAUGCCAUUGACCAGGUGUCGAACAUCAGUGAAUUGAGACGCGAGCUUUGGGACGCGCUGCUAAUGCUGACAGAGCGUGAGCCCUUUGACAUCGUGCUGAACACCGGGGAAUGCGGCAUCGAAAGCUGGAGAAAGCUCACGCGGAGGUACGACCCAUCCACUGGUGGUCGCAAACGCGCUCUCCUCAAUGCAAUCUUGUCACCGGCUCGAUCCAAGAUGGAAGAUUUGCCGUCCAACCUGGAGAAGCUUCUUGACAGCAUCAGACUUUAUGAACGUCGCAAAGACGCAUCUGGCAACCGAACGAUGUUGGCAGAAGACAUCAAGAUCAACGUGAUUGAACGAUUGGUGCCGGCAGAGCUCGAGCGUCAUCUCGUUCUCAAUCGAGAUCGCUUCAAGACGUUCGAGUCCAUGCUGUCCGAGAUCCAGUCCUAUGUGGAACAUGCCACCGGCAACAAGAUCAAGGUGGUGAAUAGCCAGCCCUACGACGCACAUGGCCGUGGGGACGAUCCUAUGGAUGUCGGAAGCUUUGGAAAAGAUGCGAAGGGAAAAGGUAAGGGCAAGAAGGGAGCUGGAGGAAAACCUGGAAAGGGAAAUGCAACAGCUGAGAAGAGAACAUGUCACAACUGCGGACGCCCAGGACAUCUGCGGGCAGAUUGCUGGGCACCUGGAGGCCCCAAACAUAAGGGGACGGGUGGCAAAGGCAACAGCAAUCAGAAUAAGGACAAGGGCAAGGGCAAAGGCAGCCCCGGAAAGCACAAGCAGAAGCCCAAAGGAGGCAAAUCUGUGAACAAUGUCGAACAAGGUGAACCAGAAGCAGAAGACUGGGACGCAGCUGAUGGCGACGAUGGUCAACAAGCAGCAAAUGGUUUAACGCUCUAUGGCGUUGAUGGGCCACCACAUGACGAGGAUGACGACGAAAGUUUCCAGGUCGAUCCCGAGUCCGAGGAGUCGGAAGCCUCGACAAGUCGCAGAAGGUGGUUUUCUUUGCCUCACCCACGUGCGUCAUGGCCUGAAGAGUGGGACGACCCCGACUAUGAUGGACCGAGUGGAUCGAGCACCUCGAACGCCACAGGGAAGACCCAAGAGGGGCAGAAGUCCAAAGAGCUCAACACCAAAGAGAGGCAAAGCAAGCAGAUCAGGGCCAGUCACUCCGGAGUCAGCACUCCGACGCUUUCGAAUGACUUCGAUGACACCACCACCAAGGAGAAGGUUGAGGUGAAGCCACCACCACCUGUCAAGGCAUCAUCGGCAGCUUCGACUUCAGGUUCUCGACUUGUCCAGAUGCUGAAGGCUGCGCUGAGUUCACAAAUCCGCAAAGUCCAAGAAGAAGAUCCUGGUUCAGGAGAUGGCCAGGCAGAUGCGAUGUUAGCGGCUUUGAGGACUAGAUCUGUCAAGGCACCGCACAUCACAAAGCAGAACAUCAGCGAUCCUUCUUUCCACGACUCGAGAUACCAUGCCGAGAUUGCCAAAGGUGUUGCACACAAUGUGGCCUGGAGAAAUGAACGUUUGAGAAGACGUGCAAUCGUCCACCGACGAGGAGGAGUCAAGGAUGAAGACAACUUGGAUGCGGGCAUCGAGACGGUGGUUGUGGGCAAAGCUGGUCAGAGCACAGUGAUAGAGUUUUCAAUGGAAGAGCGGAAAACUUUGAGGCAGUUCCCGGACGACGAGGCCAAGUUGCUGCGGAAGGAUCCCAAGAAGAAACCCAUGACCAAGCGUGUUCGAAGCGUUGGGUACAGGGUGAAGAAGAAUCGGAACCGCAAUGUGGCGCGCAAGAUGGCGAGGAAGAACCGACCAGCCUUGGUUCUGAAGGAAAACACUGAAGUGAACGCAGAUGAAGAUGAUGAUGAAAUGGAAGAGGUCUACAUCGAAGAGCCUGAUGAGCCUCGAGACCGACCAGGCAGAGGAGACCCCGAUGGUGGAGCUGGAUCGGCUCCUGCUGCAGUCUACAGCUUGGGGGCCUCUGACGACUGGCGAAAAUGGGAACGAGCAGAGUUGAACAUCGACACCGGUGCUGCCAUCACUGCAGUACCACUUGACUUCGCCAAGGACUACCCGAGGAGCGAGUCCAAUGGAGCAAGCUACAAGGCAGCCAAUGCGGAACCCAUCGAAGAUCAGGGAAGUGUGAAGCUGGUGGGAUACGACGAAUCUGGCAACAAGAUCCCAAUCGAUUGCCGAGUUGCAGAUGUGCAUCGGCCACUUCUUUCAGGUUCCGAGAUCGCCAAGAACUACCACAUCGCCCUUGGACCAUCUUCGGGGAGAUUGAUCCCAAGAAACACUCCUGCGGGACGGGCCUAUUCGAAGGCCAUGAAAGAUCUGAUCCGAGAUUAUGGCGAUUCAAUGCCCAUUGUGCACAAUCGCCGAGGCAUCUAUGUGUUGGACUAUUGGGUGUCACCUUUUCAGGGGCAUCCUCAAGAGGAGUAA